GGUGGCUGAAUGAAGCCGUUCGGUCAGUGAAUUCCAGGCAAAUUAAGCUGUUGGCUCUUCGGACCUCAAAAGUGAAAAAAGAUCUGAUAUAACUGCUCUUCAGAGUUGGCUACCAUAACAUAUUCAACUUGAAUUGAUCAUUCGGUUCAUUGACACUUUUGCUGAGGAAAAUGUUUCUUUAGCUGUCUGAAUUUAAAUCUUGCUGCUGACGUGGUGGGAUUUGAACUCCUUUUCAGAGCAUUAGCAUCUUUGGUGAUCCUUGUCCACGGGGUAUGUUGAAAAUAAUGAACAACCCAUACGCUGACCUCUUGGAGCCUCUUGAUCCUAACUGGAAGGAAAAGAAGUUCUACAAUCUGUGCAAAUUGGGAGAUGAAAGAUAUGCACAUUUGCCGUUUUCUAUCCGUGUACUUCUGGAAGCAGCAGUCAGAAACUGUGACUGUUUUCUUGUGAAGAAAGAUGAUGUUGAAAAUAUAUUGAACUGGAAGGUCACCCAACACAAAGGUGUUGAAGUGCCUUUUAAACCUGCUCGUGUCAUCUUGCAGGAUUUCACUGGUGUACCUGCUGUGGUAGACUUUGCUGCUAUGCGAGAUGCUGUGAAAAAACUGGGGGGAGAUCCGGAGAAGAUCAAUCCAAUUUGUCCUGCAGAUUUGGUUAUUGAUCACUCCAUCCAAGUAGAUUUCAACAGACGGCCAGACAGCUUGCAAAAAAAUCAAGAAAUUGAAUUUGAAAGAAACAAAGAAAGAUUUGAGUUUUUGAAGUGGGGUUCUAAAGCUUUUCGAAAUAUGAGGAUUAUUCCCCCUGGCUCAGGAAUCAUCCAUCAGGUGAAUCUAGAAUAUUUGGCGCGGGUCGUGUUUGAUCAGGAUGGAUAUUACUACCCUGACAGUCUGGUUGGUACGGAUUCUCACACAACAAUGAUCGAUGGCCUAGGUGUGCUUGGCUGGGGUGUGGGUGGCAUUGAGGCUGAAGCAGUGAUGUUGGGCCAGCCAAUCAGCAUGGUUCUUCCAGAGGUGGUUGGCUAUAAAUUGAUGGGAAGCCCACAAUCCUUGGUAACAUCAACAGAUAUAGUCCUCACAAUUACAAAACACCUUCGCCAGGUUGGGGUUGUGGGGAAAUUUGUUGAAUUCUUUGGACCAGGAGUGGUGCAGUUAUCCAUUGCUGAUCGAGCAACUAUUGCCAACAUGUGUCCUGAGUAUGGGGCAACUGCAGCUUUCUUUCCUGUUGAUAAAAUCAGCAUGAAGUACCUGAAACAAACAGGUCGAGAUGAAAAUAAGCUGAAUUACAUUGAGAGAUAUCUAAAAGCAGUUGGAAUGUUCAGGGAUUUCAGUGAUUCAUCUGAGGAUCCAGAGUUUACACAGGUAGUGGAACUAGAUCUCAGCACUGUGGUAUCGUGCUGCAGCGGUCCCAAAAGACCUCAGGACAAAGUGGCUGUAUCCAGUAUGAAGCAAGAUUUUGAAAGUUGUUUGACAGCAAAGCGAGGAUUUAAAGGAUUUCAGAUUCCACCAGUUCGUCAAGAUGACAAAGUGAAAUUUAAAUACAGUGAUGAGGAUUAUGAGUUGUGCCAUGGUUCAGUGGUAAUUGCUGCCAUCACCAGCUGUACAAACACCAGCAAUCCAUCUGUAAUGUUAGGAGCAGGAUUAUUGGCGAAGAAAGCAGUAGAAGCUGGUCUUAAUGUUAAACCAUACAUCAAAACCAGCUUAUCUCCAGGAAGUGGUGUAGUUACCUACUAUUUAAGAGAGAGUGGAGUCAUGCCCUAUCUUGCAAAGCUAGGGUUUGAUGUUGUCGGCUAUGGGUGCAUGACGUGCAUUGGUAAUAGCGGUCCACUUCCAGAGUCUGUAGCAGAAGCCAUCACUAAGAAUGACCUUGUUGCAGUUGGAGUAUUGUCUGGGAACAGAAACUUUGAAGGUCGUGUCCAUCCCAACACACGUGCUAACUAUUUGGCUUCCCCACCUUUGGUUAUUGCAUACGCCAUAGCUGGGACUAUAAGGAUCAACUUUGAAGUGGAACCAUUAGGUAUUACUGCGGAAGGAAAGGAAAUCUUUCUGAGAGAGAUUUGGCCAACCAGGGAGGAACUGCAAGCAAUUGAGAGGGAAUUUGUUAUUCCUGCCAUGUUCAAGGAGGUUUACAAGAAGAUUGAGAAAGGAAAUGAAUGCUGGAAUUCUUUGAAUGCUCCUAGUGACAAACUCUACGCUUGGAAUCCCAGGUCAACGUAUAUUAAGUCACCGCCAUUUUUUGAAAACCUGAUAGUGGAACUGCAGAGACCUAAACCUAUCAUUGAUGCUUAUGUUCUUUUGAAUCUGGGUGAUUCAGUGACAACUGAUCAUAUCUCUCCAGCGGGGAAUAUUGCAAGAAACAGCCCAGCGGCACGGUAUUUAACUGAUCGAGGUUUAACUCCUCGUCAGUUCAAUUCCUAUGGAUCCCGUCGAGGAAAUGAUGCAGUAAUGGCAAGAGGGACAUUCGCAAACAUCCGGUUACUUAAUAAAUUCCUCAAUAAGCAGGGACCGCAGACCAUACAUUUUCCCAGUGGAGAAACACUGGAUGUGUAUGAUGCUGCAGAACGCUAUCAACAACAAGCUCAUCCUCUGAUUAUUUUGGCUGGUAAGGAGUAUGGAUCAGGCAGCUCAAGAGACUGGGCAGCAAAGGGUCCCUAUUUGCAGGGCAUCAAAGCUGUCCUUGCUGAGAGCUAUGAACGCAUUCAUCGGAGUAAUCUUGUGGGGAUGGGGAUAAUUCCCUUGGAAUACCUACCAGGACAGACUGCUGACAGCUUGGGACUUACUGGUCGUGAAUGCUUUACUAUCUCCAUUCCGAACCAGAUGAACCCCAAGAUGAAUGUGGAGAUUGAGCUUGACACUGGCAAGUCCUUCCAAGCUACUAUGCGAUUCGAUACCGACGUUGAACUGGCCUAUUUCCAUCAUGGCGGUAUACUAAACUACAUGAUCCGAAAGAUGAUAUCAAAUUAACUGGACAAUUUUUUUGGUUAGGGGUGGGGGUUUUUUGGUUAGAGUGGUGACAAAUGUUUGAUCAUGUCAAGAAACGCACAAAUUGAAAGCACUAGUUAUCAGAAGUAAAUUUUGAUAAUUCUCUUUUAUUCCAGUUUAGUUGGAGCAGUUCUGACUGGGUUUUGUAAUAGGUGAAAGAUUUUUGUAAUUCCCUUCCUGGAACUAAUUUUUAACUACAAUUCAUUGAAUUACAUCUUCACACAUUUGCAAGUUAUAUUUAGUCAGUUAUAAUAAUAAUCUAUUUUUGAAACCUACACACGUAAUAUCAUUAAACAUGAUAUGUGAAAACUUGUCUGCAGUCUGUACAAUUUAUACAGUGUCACGUUGCUUUCGCCAAAGCAACUGUUUUGAUUAUGUUUCCAAUUUCUUGUCUAUCUUAACUUGUUGACUGAAACUUUAAAUUACCAACUUUAGUAGAGGAGAAGGUUGGAGGUUAAAGUGGUCAGUUUUCCGUGUACUUUUUAAACAUUUGGGUUGAAGAUCUGAAUAUGGACUUCAAGUUUGUAUUAUUUGGUUGACUCUUAGUGCUCACUGAGGAAGCCUUGUAAGCUAAUUGUUUGCCAGGGUACAUCCUGAGGAUGUGUCCUCAGCCCACGACUGGGUUGCCAAAUUCUGAACGAAUGCCAUCUAUAAGUUUGCUGACGACACCACUGUAGUAGUAUGAUUAUCGAAUAAUGAGUCAAAAUACAGAAGGGAGACAGAGAGCUUGGUGACGUGGUGCAAUGAGAGCAAUCUCUCUCUCAACAUUGGCAAAAUUAAAAAUCUAAUUGUUGCCUUCAGAAAGAAAGGAGGAGAGCAUGCCCCCAUCUUCAUCAAAAACAUCAAGUUCCUUGGAGUGACGAUAACUGACAACUUGUCCUGGAAUUCCCACGUAGAUGCAAUGGUCAAGAAGGCACAAUAAUGCUGCCUCUUCCUCAGACAGCUCAGUAAAUUUGGCAUGUCCAUAAGCCUCCUCACCAACUUUUACAGAUGCACAAUUGAAAGUGUACUGCUCUGCCCAGGACCAUAAGAAACUACAGAAGGUAGUGUGCACAGCCCAGGCCAUUUCGGAAGCCAACCUUCCAUCCAUGGUCCUCAUUUACACAGAUCCCUGCUGCAGAAAGGCAGCCAACAUCAUCAAAGACCCAUCGCACCUCAGAAAUCUCCUACAACCUCUUCCAUCAAGCAGAAGAUACAGUAGCCUGAACACGCACCAGCAGGUUCAGGAACAGCUUCUUUCCAGCUGUUAUUAGACUGAUGAAUGGAUUCUCUGCCCUCAAAUAAUGCUGAUCUUGCUAAUGUUGACCUUGCCUGGCGCAUGCCCUGUGCAAUGUAACCUGUAUGCCUCCAUGUAAGUCUUUUUGAUCUGUGCAUCCUUGCUUUUUGUGGUCUGCCUGUACCGUUUGUAAACGAACUGUACCUCUGUACACGUGACAAUAAAUCAAUCAAUUAGGUGCUGAGAACAGCUUAAAAUAA